AUGAACACUCUAGCAAACCAUGGCUUCCUUCCCCACGACGGCAGAAACAUCACACGAAACACUGUCAUUGAAGGCCUGUCAGCGGCCCUCAACUUCAACGCCUCACUUGCAAGCCUGAUGUUUGACAUGGCCAUUGUUGUCAACCCAGAGCCUAACGCUACCUUCUUUACCCUUCGGACCGACGCCUACUUCGGCAACAACCACGUCUUCAAUGAGACAAUCUUCGAAGAAACAAAGAAGUACUGGACCGGACCCACCCUGGACGCCAACAUGUUAGCCAACAGCAAAUUGGCUCGUCAGAUCAGCUCUAAAGCGUACAACCCCACCUAUACAUUCACGUCGUCGAUGGAACAGUUCAGUCUCGGCGAGGUUGCUGCUCCCAUUAUCGCGUUCGGCGAUAUCCAAAACGGAAAGGUCAACAGAACUCUGGUAGAAUAUUUCUUCGAAAAUGAACGUCUCCCGACUGAGCUGGGAUGGUCUCGGCGGGAGGAAGUUGUUAGUCUGGUGGAUAUCGCGGGCGUGACCCAGAUGAUCAGCAAUGCUACCAAUCUUAUCACUCCUUCUAAGGAGUCUCGUGCGAGUAGACGUCGAGACUUGCAUUCUGGUCUUGGGUUUUAG